AUGGAUUUUGCAUUUCUAGUUGUCGUGAUUGGUAUAGGCGGUCUUCUGGCCAUUGCUUUUUGGGACAUCACAGUCACUUUGGAGAAUGGACCGCAUAUAGGCGAUUUGCCGACUUGGUCUUUAGAGCUACGCAUUUCAGACAAUCAAUCAUUGAUAGCUUAUCAACUUCGCUUUUGUUCAGCAUUUCUCAAUCUCAUUCUUUUGUCCUUGCAUCGCCGCGCGCCGACCCGCAAUCCGCAGCCGUUCGAAGAUCUCCUCGAGGAUCCCGAAUACGAUCAGCUCAGUGACAGAGACGAACUAGAGGCCAAUCUCCGUGAUCUCAUUCAAGACCUAGCCACCGUCCGCAGCCGCGCAAUGGCCGCCGACUUCAGCGAAGGGCGCCUGGAGACAUUCGUGGGCAGCCCGCAAAAGGAGUUGGCCGGGACACAGAAUCAAUAUGUCUCUUAUCAAGUCACCACGAAGUCGGAUUUCCAGUCCUUCCAAAAACCAGAGUUUACCGUCCGACGUCGCUUUACAGAUUUCGUCUUUCUGUACAAGCAACUCUCAAAGGAGUAUCCACAAUGCGCCGUCCCGCCGCUGCCCGACAAGCACAAGAUGGAGUAUGUGCGAGGAGACCGUUUCGGGCCGGAUUUCACCCAGAGGAGGGCACACUCAUUGCACCGAUUCUUGAAGCGCAUAUCGUUACAUCCAGUCUUACGGAGAGCUAUGCUGGUUAUUAAUUUUCUUGAAUCCCCAGACUGGAAUCAGCACAUGAAGGGAAGAUCAUCACGAGCUGCAAGUGGGUCGGAGCAGGGCAGCACCGGCUUCGUCGAUGCGCUGGCCGAUACCUUUGUCAAUACGUUCACAAAAGUACACAAGCCAGAUAAGCGGUUUAUCGAAGUCAGUGAGCGAGCGAACAAGCUGAGCGAGGACCUGGCCAAUGUCGAGAAAGUGACCGUCAAGGUAGCCAGGCGGCAAGGUGACCUAGAGACAGACUACGCCGACCUAGCCACCCAAUGUCAGAAGCUCACUGCUCUCGAGCCUGCCGUUGACGGAACGCUGACAUCUUUCGCUGCGUCCGUCACUACAACUUCGCAGGGAUUCAAAUCUAUUCACGACCACACCGAUCAGAAUUACCUCACCAGCCUUCGAGAUAUGGAUGCUUAUAUUCAAGCCCUCAAGACGCUCCUCCGCACCCGAGAAGCGAAGCAACUUGACUUCGAGCAGCUUAGUGAAUAUCUUGCCAAAUCUGCCGCCGACCGUGAUUCACUAGCCAGUUCGCACGGCGCGGGCAUGGGCGCUUCUGGCUUCCUACGGUCCAAGGUCGAAGACUUUCGGGGUAUUGACCACGACCAGGCGCGCCGCCAACGGGUCCGUAAGCUGGAAGUUGAAAUCGAGCGACUAACGAGUGAGGUCGAGUUGUCGAAGAAGUCCAGCGAAGCAUUCGAUGAACACACCGUCAAGGAAGUCGCCGACUUUGAGCGUAUCAAGUCCAUCGAGUUCAAGGACACACUGGGCGAUCUGGCGGAUGCGCAUGUGGACUUUUUCCAGGGUACGAUUGAGACGUGGGAAGGCUUCUUGGAGGAUAUGCGCAAGGAGGAGGAUCAGAGGAAGGCGGUUGGGGCAUCGUAG